AGAACGGUCCGUCUCCGUAAUAGUUCCGUCUGAAGAUGGCGGAGUAUGCGAACAUCGUCCGAAGGGCUUUGGGGCAAAUAGGAGGUCAUGGAGGAGUCCGAGGGUUUCUCCUUCAGUUAUUCAGGGUGAAUGAUGUGAAGACAGGAACCCUGAUUGGUGUGGAUAAAUAUGGAAACAAAUACUAUGAGGACAAGCAGCAUUACUUCUUUGGACGACACCGCUGGGUGAUCUACACCACAGAGAUGAACGGAAAGAACACCUUGUGGGAGGUGGACGGCAGCAUGGUGCCCGCUGAAUGGCAUCGUUGGCUGCACUGUAUGACGGACGACCCCCCCACCACGCACCCACCAGAGCCCAAGAAGUUCCUGGCUGAGGUUCAUCAGUUCAACGUGAGCGGCAGCGCACAGCAGUACGUGCCCUUCUCCACCACCCGCAAGAAGAUCCACGAGUGGGUUCCCCCUAAAGCUGGAUCUCAGUGACCUCUGACUGAAUGUUUCGUUUUGCACGCUGUAAAUUAUGGUUUCCUGCCGCUGUGUCCAACUAGUCCUCAAUAAAAUCUCUAUACACACA